CCUGCGUGAGCCGGCAGGGGCGGGUUGGAAGGCGUCGGAGCUGCCACGUCUGGGUCGCGGUUCCCCACUGUGGCGCUGAAGGUGGAGGAGGAGGUGGGGCUGGCGCUGAAGCCGGAUCCGGAUCCGGUGCUGUGCACACCGGUGGGGGAGAGUCCGACGCGCCUGGCGAGGAGCGCCGACUGCGGGGCCUCCGCGGGCUCCGGCGUGGGAGAUGCAGUUGCUCGCGGUCUCUGCAGCCAUCACCUGUGAAGGGGCACGAACGCCUCAGGCCUGCCUUGCCAGGGCGCAUCCCACGGGGGUCGGCAGCCGCUGAGGACACGCCGCUGCCCCGAAGAGCACCUUCCACACCGACUAGACCUUACCAGAAAGAUGAAACCUGAUGAAACUCCUAUGUUUGACCCAAGUCUGCUCAAAGAAGUGGACUGGAGUCAGAAUACAGCUACAUUUUCUCCAGCCAUUUCCCCAACCCAUCCUGGAGAAGGCUUGGUUUUGAGGCCUCUUUGUACUGCUGACUUAAAUAGAGGUUUUUUUAAGGUACUGGGUCAGCUGACAGAGACUGGAGUUGUCAACCCUGAACAAUUUAUGAAAUCUUUUGAGCAUAUGAAGAAAUCUGGGGAUUACUAUGUUACAGUUGUAGAAGAUGUGACUCUAGGACAGAUUGUUGCUACGGCAACUCUGAUAAUAGAACAUAAAUUUAUCCAUUCCUGUGCUAAGAGAGGAAGAGUAGAAGAUGUUGUCGUUAGUGAUGAAUGCAGAGGAAAGCAGCUUGGCAAAUUGUUAUUAUCAACUCUUACUUUACUAAGCAAGAAACUGAACUGUUAUAAGAUUACUCUUGAGUGUCUACCACAAAAUGUUGGUUUCUAUAAAAAGUUUGGAUAUACAGUAUCUGAAGAAAACUACAUGUGUCGGAGGUUUCUAAAGUAAAAAUAUUUUAAGAAAGAAAACUGUCAAAGGCGCUAAUGCUACAAGGCUAUCCUUUUCCUAGAGUUAAAAUAUUCUGUUGCUGCAACCCAGUGACCUCCAUAAAUACCGGACUGAAGGAAACAUUGUAAUACUGCAAGUAUGACAUUUAGAAGAUUACUUGGGCUGGUGGGACAUUCUGUGAGUUUAGAUUACAAAUUAUUAUUAUAAAGGGGAUGAUUUUUAACCAAA